AUGCUUUCAGCAACCAAGUGCGUCCGAAUCGAAAAUGAGAAUCGAGAACGAAGCAAUAACGGACCGAUAUCCAGUCACACUAGCUGGACUCCGAAGAAGAAAAAGGGUGUAGGAAUAAAGAUAUUCUCAAUACGCCGUCACGCCGCGUCCAAGAUGGCAAGGGGACAAAAGCGAUGCUUGAAGCGGAUAAGAAUCUUCUCUUUAAGAUGGAGUCGUAACGUGAUAUCGUGGAACCGAACGUUUGUUCUACCGAAAAUCCUAAAGGAGUGUGGUAAAACAGUUGGAACGCUCUCGAAAUCAAGAAUAACCUAG